GUUGUCAGAGCCGGCAGUUCCUGGAAUGCCUGGUGCUGCUCUGUCCUGAGCCCUGGUGUCUUGAGACUAGUCUGGAGCCAGCAGGAAGAAACAACCAGCAAAUGCUGUUUUGUGAUGGUAUUCAGAGAAGAUCAGGUGCUGGCCCCUGACUCAGCAGCAUGGAGCUGGUCCAGGACAUCUCCCGGCCUCCACUGACCAAUGUGAAGGGAGUCCCACUCAUCAAGUACUUUGCAGAGGUGAUGGGCCCACUUCAGAGCUUCCAGGCCUGGCCUGAUGACCUGCUCAUCAGCACCUACCCCAAGUCUGGCACCACUUGGUUGAGCGAGAUACUCGAGAUGAUCUACCAUGGUGGUGACCUAGAGAAGUGUCACCGGGCUCCCAUUUAUACACGUGUACCCUUCCUUGAGUUCAAAUGUCCAGGGGUUCCAUCAGGUCUGGAAACUUUAAAAGAAACACCUGCACCUCGGCUCCUCAAGACACACUUGCCCCUGGCCCUGCUUCCCCAGAGUCUGCUGGACCAGAAGGUCAAGGUGAUCUAUGUUGCCCGCAAUGCAAAGGACGUGGCUGUCUCCUAUUACAACUUCUACAAAAUGGCUAAGUUUUACCCUGACCCUGGCACCUGGGACAACUUCCUGGAGAAGUUCAUGAAUGGACAAGUGUCCUAUGGGUCGUGGUACCAGCACGUGCAGGAGUGGUGGGAGCUGAGCCGCACCCACCCUGUGCUCUACCUCUUCUAUGAAGACCUGAAGGAGAACCCCAAAAGGGAGAUUAGAAAGAUCCUGGAGUUUCUGGGGUGCUCUCUGUCAGAGGAGACUGUGGAUCACAUUGUCCAGCACACAUCCUUCAAAGUGAUGAAGAAGAAUCCCAUGACUAACUACAGUACCAUACCUACCGAGAUCAUGGACCACAAUAUUUCAGAUUUCAUGAGGAAAGGCAUCACAGGGGACUGGAAAUCUGUCUUCACUGUGACCCAGAAUGAGCGUUUUGAUGCCCACUAUGCUGAGAAGAUGGCAGGCUGCAAGCUUGACUUCCGCUGGCAGCUCUGAGUGGUGUCAUGGGGGCCACGGCAGAGGUUGCGUGGGCACAAGCGUGACCCAUGACCUCAGGAAUAAAAUAUGAUGUGUCCCACACAGAGGCUCUGUUGGAAGCCAGGAGAACACCUGAGAAUAGGUAAAUCCCAAUGGGAGCAAGUAGGACCCUCUUCCCACAGCCUGUAGGUCCUAAUUGCCCUGUCUGGGCAGGGAGAAAGAGGUUCUACAGAAGGAAGGCCCAGGAGACAGGAGAGAAGAGCAAGAAUAUUUGAUCCUGUAAGAUCCUCUGUUGCCUACUCCCUCCAGUCUGACAGCCAGUUUCACUUUUUCUUGGACUCCUUACAAGCCACCUCUGUCACUGGGCACUUUACCACUGAGCUGCAUCUUGAAUCCUUUUAAUUUUUUAUUUUUAGACAGGGUCUUUCUGUGUUACUAAACUUCCCCCUAUUUUGCUGAGGCUGGCCUCAAACUUGUAAUCCUCCUGCCUCAGCCUUCCCAGUUCCUGGGAUCACAGUAUGUGCACCACUACUCUGGACUUAGGACACAGCCUUGAGGAGGCCAAAGUGAAGACAGUUUAGUACCUGGGAUUGGAGGCAGGGUCUGAGUUUAGCAGGUGUGAGGGGACAUAUCAGCACUAAGGUGGCAGGCCUCUUGGCUAAGCUCCAGGAUGGUUUUGAGGAUGGCGCAUGGUUUGAUUGGAGGCAAAUGAUGAUUGGAGAUUUAGCUUCAGAAGAUGGCUAAUUAGAUGAAAGCUGUGUUUCCAGUUGUUUAUAGAUUGGAAUUCAAGCAAUAGGAGUAUGGCUUUUUAGUGAGCUGGAUGAAAGAGGGAAUUGUCUGAAAUCCAAUAUUGGAUUUCAAUAUUGGAAAAGUCUCUUAGAGACUUAGAAAUUCAGGUGUAUUGAACAAAGUACAAGAAAGAGUUAUUGAAGCCCAGCUGGUAGCAGCAGCAGCAGCAGCAGCAGCAGUGCUGGUUCACUGAGAGAAGAGGGAUAACACAAACAGAAAGAGAAACACAACAGGCAAAUUUGACACAGGAAAACCUGUAGAGCAGAAAAGCAGACUGAACUUAGCCAAUCCGGAGGCUGCACAGUGAACUGGUACUUGAAAUGUGCUCUGUGUUUCUCAACUGGCAAGCAGAGAAUGAAAGCUGGAUUCAUCCUGAGGCCAUGCUGCAACUUGCAGAGUCCUGGAGAUCAUAGCAAACAUAACCAUAAUCUCCUGGCAAAUGCCUACGGUGUGACCUAGAGUGUACCUAGCAGAACAUGAAUGAAACAGGCAGAGACAAUUGUCCCCAGGAGGUUUCAAGUCAGAGAUAUGGAGGGCAGUGCACCUCACUUUUCCUUUGAGUUUGGUAACUUGUGUAACCAGAUAAAGAGGGUCAGGAAACUGAACAGCCUGAUGUGAUUACUUUCAGGGAUUAAGGUUGUAUUGGUGGGCAGUGGAAUGUGUGAGACCUCUGGAGGGUUGAUUCCCUGGCUCCAUGAGUUCUUGGGAGGAUUCUGAGAUCCAGAUUCCCAGUAGAGAUUGGCAUCUGCCUCUCACUAGGGGUGUGUUGCUCCAAUCUCUCGACACAAUAGUGCUCCUAAGGAAUGAGUAGACCUAAGCCCCAGUCACCAGAACUUCCCUUCUAGAACUCAGCAGCAGCCUAUCCUGAGAUUACCUCAGUCUAGUCUGUCCAGACAAAGCUCCAGUCAACAGUACUUCUCAUUCCCUCCUACCUUAUACUGACGAGAAGGGAAACUGAGAGCUAUUUCAACCAGCUUCAGUUUUAGGUCACUCCAGCUGGCAACUUUAUGAGCAACACAAAGAGAGAAAAGGGUUAACAACUCCCGGCUCACUUGUUCUCUCUCUCUCUCUCUCUCUCUCUCUCUCUCUCCUCUCUCUCUCUCUCUCUCUCUCUCCUCUCCUCUCUCUCCCUCCCUCCCUCCCUUCUUCCCUCCCUCCCUUCUUCCUCCCUCCCAGUAAGACUAAGAAGAAACAGAAAGAAGGACAGUCAGGCAGAGGCAGUUACCAUCCAUCCUAGUUGACAGUUUGAGACAAUUCUUUCACUUUCAUUAAGAAUCUUUUUCUUUCUUUCUUUCUUUCUUUCUUUCUUUCUUUCUUUCUUUCUUUCUUUCUUUCUGGUAUUGUUUUGUUAUCAUUGUCGGGAAUUAAUAAACCUCUCUCUAUAAUAACAUCGAAUAUAAAUGGUCUCAACUCUCCAAUUAAAAGACAUGGGCUGGCAGGAAUGGAUUGAAAAACAAUACCUACCUAUAUCAUGUUUGCAAGAUAUUCACCUUGCAGUCAGACACAGUCGCAAGUUGAAAGAAUGGAAAUUAUUGUACCAUGCAAAUGGAGUCCUAAAACAAUCAGGAUUAGCUACCCUCAUAUCUGACAGCAAACUUCAAGCCAAAAUUAAUCAGAAGAGACAAAGAAGGUCACUUCAUACUGGUAAAGGGAAAAUUUCAAGAAAAAGAUAUAAUGAUAGUAAAUAUUUAUGCCCUAAACAUGGCAGACCUAACUACAUAAAACAUACACUACUUAAAGACAACCAUGGUACAAUAAUACUGGGGUGAUUUCAAUACACAUUUCUCACCAAUAGAUAAGUCAUUCAGGCAUAAACUCAGUAAAGACUCUUCAGACCUAAAAAUACUAUAAAUCAAAUGUACUUAACAGACACCUAUCCUAUAGCAUAUUUCAUCCAACAAGAACUGAGUAUACUUUCUUCUCAGCUGCUCAUGGUACCUUCUCCAAAAUAAACCAUAUUUUAGGCCACAAAGUCAUCAUCAGCAAAUACAAAAAAAAAUCAGUAUAACACCUUGCAUCUUAUCUGAUCAUAAUGGAAUGAAACUAGAAAUCAACACACACACACACACAAAAAAAAAAACUACAGAAACUGUAUAAACAUGUGGAGAUUGAAGAAUACACUUUUGAAUGAUGGAUAGGUGAUAGAAGAAAUCAGAAAUUUUAAAAUUUCUUAGAAUCUAACAUAUCAAAACCUCUGGGACACUGUGGAGAGCAGUGAUUUGGAUCAUGGUCUUUGCCUAAGAGAUGUGGCUGCAUUUUGCUCUGGGAACUUUCUGAAAAGAUGAAGGACAAGAUAGCCCAGGAGGUAUGGUAAAGUCCUGCCUGAGGAAGUUCUAUGCAAAGAUAUGAAACAAUAACUAUCUCGGUCUUGAGCUCAGACAGGAGAUGCCAGGGAUAGAGAAUUCUAAGCAUAACAAGAUAACCAUAAUGUCUUGUGAGCACAGCAAACUUCAAACCUGCCUGCGUUGCAGAAACUCUGGAUAGUGGGCUUCUUGGGUGUAGCACGAUAAUAACAGGAUGUUCCUAGCACUGCAACAGUAGAAUAGCUAUAAAAAUAUUUCUAGUUCUAUAACUUUUUAGUGCACAAAGAUCAAUGCCCCUACAGUUUUAACUUCCUGAUUGUGAGACCCUAUAUAAUAAACAU